AUGUACGUCUUCCUGAUGCCCAAGGGCGAACUGGUUGAGCUGGAUCAGAAGUUUCUCCAAAAGCGCAGUCCGUAUAGUAUGCGGUCCGGUCAUCACCGAGAGAACUAUCUUAGGCAGUUGAUGGGCAGUAUCGCCAAGAUUCGAUCGGUAUUCUCAGCUGACCUGCUUUGCCUUUUAACUUCGGCUCUGGGUAAUGCUGGGCACAAUGCUGCUGAUGGCGGGGGUGGUGGUGGUGGCAGUGAUGUUGACAGCAAGGAGGAUGGGAUGCGUACAGAACAUUUCAUCAUCCGCAUGCAGACUUGUGUUUUGGCGGAGGCUCUCACACCAAGGUCGGGCUAA